AUGGCGUCGUCUUGGAUGCAUGUUCCAUCUGCUACUCGAUUCACAGAGGAUUUAGUCAUCUUUCUAAAAGAACAGCGUCCAGAGUAUUUGCCUGAUGUGUUGGCUAACUACAGGCAGCACGGCGUGUUCCCGACUCAGGGCUCCAGCGACGUCGCGGGUCUGGUCGGUUUCAGCAACGCUAAACUGAGUUCCAGCAAGACCAGGUUUGAGGGACUGUGUCUCCUAUCCAUGCUGGUCAAAGACAGCUCUAGUGAUCUGUUCCAGCAGCACUGCGUCUCCUGGCUGCGCUCUCUGCAACAGAUUAUACAGUCUCAGGCUCCGAUCCAGACCAUCUGGCUGACUGUGAACAUUCUGAAAGAUGUUCUGCACUAUUCCUGCCAUCUACCAGAGGUGGCUAGAGAGGUCGGGAUGAACUCCAUCCUGGGCCUGCUCACGUCUCUGCUGGGACUCAAGAGAGAGUGUGAGCUUGCAGCUAUGGAGGGGAUGAUCGCCUGCAUGGUUUACUACCCCAGAGCCUGUGCUUCCCUUAAGGACAAACUGGGAGCCUAUUUUCUCUCUAAAAUGGACAGCACAAACGGGAAAGCACAGGAGAUGGCGUGCCAGUGUUACAGUCAUCUUCCGUGUCUGGGGGGAAUGUUGGGGAGUGUUGGUGUGGGCAGAGGAGAGGGCUGGACCUAUCAGAUCCACUGCCUGCUCGCCUCGGCCAAUAGUUUACUGGCUCAGCUCUACCAAGGGGCGGAAACAGACGUAGCUGUGCAUUAUCAGGGUCCGGGCGUGGAGCUGGCCUUCCCUCAGCUGGACCAGACAGAUCCACACCUCUACCUGCAGGUCCAGAACAGAUACACUGCUGUCUGCCGGGCCAUUAAACACACGCUCGGAGUGGAUCCUGGCUCAGCUGUUCAUCUUCCUGUCAGACUGCUGCUCAACAUGGUGUGCCGGGCCCUCGCCGUCACCUCCAAGAACAUGAAUUUGUCAGCAGAUGGAAGUUUGAGGGUGCUGGUCCUCCCCAGUAUACACACCAGUACUUUGGAGGUUUUGUCAGAUCUUAUUACAGUAGUUCGUAGCGGCAUGGUUCAGUACGCUGCUGUUAUACAACGGCUGUUUUCUCAAACUCUCUCUGCCUGGACACCUCAACCUGAAACCAGCGUGGGGCAGCAGAGAGCUUACAGCUUGGUGAGGGUAUCUGUGUACCGAACAUUAGAAUUGUGGGUUCAAGUGGGUGGAGCCUCUGCCAGCAUCCUCCAGGGAACCCCCGGCCACGCAGAACUGCUGUUCAGCCACCUGCUGGGUGACAUCACACCAGGGGCAGAUUCCAUUAAGCUCCGGGCAGGGCUGUGCGUGGACGUGGUUCCCGGAGGGAAACCCGGCCCUCGGAGGACGAAGCAGCUGGUGAUGGCAGAUGCAGUGGGGCCGUCACUUCUGAGUAAAGGAGAGCUUCUGUCCAAUCAAGAUACAUGUGUUUCAGCUCUUAGAGCACUGAGACAGAUCAUCCAGACCAGUGGUACGCUGCUAAAGGAAGAUGUGCACAAGCGACUCCAUGAAGUGGUGUUGCCACUGUGUGUGCGUUUGCAGCAGCAGCAGUCCAGUAGCAGCGCAUAUGAAUCUGCAGGGGGCAUCAGUGGGCAGUUCAGCAGUGCUCUGACUAGGAGAGAGCUGUACAGAUUACUCCUGGCUCUGGUCCUGAACCCGUCACCGUAUUGGCCUCCACCUCUGACCUGUGCUGUGUCUAUCUUCAGUAACGGACGCAUCGACCACAGCCUCAAGGUUUCUUCAUUCUGUGCCGAGGCCCAGACCAUCUGCAACUCGAUGCUUCAUCCACGCACGCCCUCCAUCGGCCUCCCUCUACCCCCCCUCACCCUGAAACCCACCAGCAUUCCUUCAGUCCUCUCCUCUCAGGGCUCUGCCCCUCGAUUAACGUUACCAACCCUCCUAGGAGGUCCUGCCCCCGGUCCUCCCUUCCCUACCCGCCACUCCCUGGGCCUGGGCCCUACGUCUCUGCUGGGAUCUCUGGAGAACCACCUCUCCCUGGUUCCAGGACUGCCGGGCCAGGCCCCGACUCCAGGAGACCUGAUGCUUCCCCCUCACUCGCACCAUCAGCAGGAUCCCGCUGGCCUCGGUCCCCCAGAGGGGCAGAGACCCGUGUUUGUCCGCUACGACAAAGAGGAAGCAGAUGACGUAGAGAUAUCGCUGGCGAGCGACUCGGACGACAGCGUGGUCAUCGUUCCUCCCGGGAUGCUGGACAUGGAGAACAAGCAGGACGACACGGCCAACUCUCAAAACAUGCUUUCUGCUUCAACCAGCGGGGCUGGGGUCGUGUUGCCAGGGGGAGAUUCCGUCACCACAGACCCCACCACGGCAGCAGCAGCAGCAACCAACGUAGCAUCUUUCCCCGACGACCUCACCACUCCCACCAACCCCAUCAACGCCUUCCCUUCCUCCAGCGCCUCGGUGGUUUCCCUGGUUCCAUCCUUGAAUUCCAGCACGGCCUCCGAUCCCCUGGGGGGUCUGGGGGACUCGUUGUCUGGAAAACCUCAGCUCCAGCAGAUGCUGAUGCAGCCCCCUAACGCGGACCAAACCGCGUCGCUGACGCUGCCGCCGCACCAGGUGCACCAGCUGCAGAACCAGCUGAGUCAGCAGGGACGCAGUCUCCAACACCCGCCCGCACCGGCCAGCAACGAAGAGUCCACCAUCAUCAACAUCAACAGCACCGACGAGGAGGAGGAAGACGAGGACGAUAUGGACGACGAUGAAGAGCUGGAAGAAGAGGAAGAGGAGGAAGACGGGCUGGAUGAGGACGAAGAAGACGAGGAGGAAGAAGAAGAAGGGAGCGAUGAGUUUUACGUCGGGGAGGAGUACGAGGACUUUGAAGAAGAGGGUGAAGAACUUGAGGAAGAAGAAGAGGAGGAUGGAGACAUGCCGCCACUGGAGGGGGCGGAGGAGAAGUCAGGAGAUGUGGAGAUAGAAGAGGGGAACGUGAUCCCAGCAGCGGCGGCGGACGGGGAAGGGAUGGCUGGGUGUAGUGGGGAUGGAGAUACAGAAGGAGGGAUAGAGGAAGUUCAGACCAGCAGGACUCUGUUGAAGGUGCAGGAGGUGGAGAGCAUAGGAGUGUUGGAGGAGGAGCAGGAGGGGGAAGGAGAGGAGGAUGAGAAUGAAAGCAUGGACGAUCCCACCAUGCCACAGAUCCUGUGUGUGACUGGGGGAGCGCUGGAGGAGAGGGUGGAAACCAGUGACGAGGGGGCCGGGCCGGUCCGGGCCCUUCAACAGGAUAUGAGCUUAUGGGAACAAGGGGCCAAGGAAAUAGAGAUGGAAUUUGCUGCAGAGAAACACACAGCCAGUCAAAGUCAGCAGCAGGUGCCGGUGACUGAACCUGCACAGGAAGACGGUGUGAGAGAUCAGAAUCCAUCCAGUCAUCAGGACCAACACGCAGCAACCGCAGAUCAGGAAGUUUCAGUGGAGGAAAACACUGAAGAGUCAGGGCAGACAAGUGCUAAUGAGAGGGAUGCUAACAAAGCAGAACAAUCUAAGACUGAAGAAGGACAGGGAGGGGAAAAUGAUGGAGAAGAAAGAAAAGGAAUAAAGAGAAAGAGAGGUGAUGGGCCGAGAGAUCAAGAAGCUGAAAAAAGCACUGAGAAGAAAAAGCCGGAUGACAUGGUCUCCAUGUUGGCAGAUUUCGUCGCCUCUCCUCCUGAUGAAGAAGACGUUGCCUCAGGAUUGGACCGCUCAAACAUUUGCCCACAAGAAUAAAUGUGAUUGAAGUCGACAUAAUAGAUUGGUUUAUGUUACUUGAUCAGUUGUCACAUUUCCAAGGUUAAGUAACCUCAUCCUACGGCUUUGUCAUUCUUUACGUAAUCUGUUAUAAUUCACAGAGCUCAGAUUUAGACUUUGAAAAUAUUUCCAUUGUUCCUUUAUGUCAUGUUGAGUGUGGGAAUAUUGAAAGGGAUUUUUUUUCUUUACUUUGUUACAUCACCUGCCUUGUAACUGAAAAGACGUGGUUUUGCAUAGAAUAAAUAAAGCUGCAUGUUUUUUUUA